ACUGUUAACAACAGGUUCGGUGAAACUCGGUGUAUCUUGCGCAAAUUUGCUAAUAUUAUCAUGUCCGAUGUAGUGGAUCCAGUUGAACAAAUGUUAAAAAGUACCGGCUGCCUCGACCUUCACCAUAAAGUACAGGAGUGCAUAGCAGAGACCGGCGACUGGCGGCUGUGUCAGGAGGUAGUAAAAGAAUUCAAGCACUGCAUGCAAGAUUACACGGAGAAGCAACGGGCCAAGUACAGUGGGAAAUGAAUCUGUUCCGCACGCUGCUUGCCGGCC